CGCCUGACCAAACACACCAAGUUUGUGCGAGACAUGAUCAGGGAAGUCUGUGGCUUUGCACCCUACGAGAGACGUGCGAUGGAAUUGCUGAAAGUUUCCAAGGAUAAACGUGCUCUGAAGUUCAUCAAGAAACGGGUCGGCACUCACAUCCGGGCUAAGCGGAAGCGGGAAGAGCUCAGCAAUGUCCUGGCAGCCAUGAGGAAAGCUGCUGCAAAGAAGGACUGA